AUGGCAGGAGAAAGGGAUGGUAGAGUUUACCAUGGUCCAGAAGGUGGCACAGGCCCUUUGGCUAAUUGGCUUUCAAACGUGCUUUUGAAGUCCCUUAAGUCUCUCCUGCACUCACCUCCACUUGGAGCACCCAGAACAGAGACCUCUGAGCCUAAUGGUGCGAGAUAUACUACUCACUUUUCGGAACUCGGAAAUCACGACUAA